AUGGAGGGCAUCUCCGGAGACAACGCAAGUGUCCAUCCACCGCCAGAGAAGGACGCCUUAGUGGGCUCUCUGGAGGACUAUCUGGAACUCCGGAAACAUGGAAUCCACCGCAUGCCGUGCCAGUGUGGGAAAAUUUACGUGGGCAAGGAGGAGAAGGCAAGGAGGAGAAGGCAAGGAGGAGAAGGCAAGGAGGAGAAGGCAAGGAGGAGAAGGCAAGGAGAAGAAGGCAAGGAGAAGAAGGCAAGGAGAAGAAGGCAAGGAGAAGAAGGCAAGGAGAAGAAGGCAAGGAGAAGAAGGCAAGGAGAAGAAGGCAAGGAGAAGAAGGCAAGGAGAAGAAGGCAAGGAGAAGAAGGCAAGGAGAAGAAGGCAAGGAGGAGAAGGCAAGGAGGAGAAGGCAAGGAGGAGAAGGCAAGGAGGAGAAGGCAAGGAGGAGAAGGCAAGGAGGAGAAGGCAAGGAGGAGAAGGCAAGGAGGAGAAGGCAAGGAGGAGAAGGCAAGGAGGAGAAGGCAAGGAGGAGAAGGCAAGGAGGAGAAGGCAAGGAGGAGAAGGCAAGGAGGAGAAGGCAAGGAGGAGAAGGCAAGGAGGAGAAGGCAAGGAGGAGAAGGCAAGGAGAAGGCAAGGAGAAGGCAAGGAGAAGGCAAGGAGAAGGCAAGGAGAAGGCAAGGAGAAGGCAAGGAGAAGGCAAGGAGAAGGCAAGGAGAAGGCAAGGAGAAGGCAAGGAGAAGGCAAGGAGAAGGCAAGGAGAAGGCAAGGAGAAGGCAAGGAGAAGGCAAGGAGAAGGCAAGGAGAAGGCAAGGAGAAGGCAAGGAGAAGGCAAGGAGAAGGCAAGGAGAAGGCAAGGAGAAGGCAAGGAGAAGGCAAGGAGAAGGCAAGGAGAAGGCAAGGAGAAGGCAAGGAGAAGGCAAGGAGAAGGCAAGGAGAAGGCAAGGAGAAGGCAAGGAGAAGGCAAGGAGAAGGCAAGGAGAAGGCAAGGAGAAGGCAAGGAUUAUUUUCGUCGUGAUACAUGACAAGCUAGAUAGGACUUUCAAUGACGACGACGACGACGACGACGACGACGACGACGACGACGACGACGAACCUGCACCGUGA